AUGGAAAGUGGCAGUUUGGAUCUCGUGUUGGGAGCCCUUUUGCAGCUCGUGCCCGCCCGCCUUUUCGGCGCCACCAAUGCAUUCACACCCUUGACUCCUGGGCCAUGCGAACCAAUCAAGGCGACCGCACCUUUUUUUGGCUACCCAUCGCCAAUAAAUAGACACCCGCCCAUUGUGAUGGCGAAUGUGGCAGGAAUGCGGCAACUUGGGGGAUCUGUAGUCUAUAUCGAGACAAGAAAUGCCCAACUGCACGGCCGGGCAGAUGUGGCUCUUUCCGCCAACCUCACUCAGCCUGACGCUCCCACUGCAACUACAGCGUCCUUCAGGACCACGCCGCGCCACAAGUUUACAGCGUAG